AUGCUAGAGCAACACACUCCUUGACAUGAAGGGAAUUUGGGUUGUUGUGGCUCUCACACUCGAGGUGGCCCUAGCGGCCAUUCCUGAAGAGACCCUGGACUGGUGGCAGACCAGCGUGUUCUACCAAGUGUACCCUCGAUCCUUCAAGGACAGUGAUGGUGACGGCAUCGGAGAUCUCAACGGAAUUGCUGACAAACUGGGCCACUUGAAGGACGCAGGAAUAGGAGCUGUGUGGCUCUCUCCUAUCUACAAAUCUCCAAUGGUUGACUUCGGAUACGAUAUCGCGAACUUCACUGAUGUAGAUCCUAUCUUCGGAACGCUGGAGGACUUCAACAGAUUGCAGAACAGAGCAAAAGAACUUGGUAUAAAACUCGUCCUGGACUUCGUUCCCAACCACUCUAGCAACGAGAGCGAUUGGUUCGUGAAGUCACUCCAGAGGAUCGAUCCCUAUACUGAGUACUAUGUCUGGGUGGACCCCAAGUACGACGCCGAGGGCAACAGGAUCCCGCCAAACAACUGGCUCAGUGAGUUUGGCGGUUCUGCGUGGGAAUGGCGCGCAGAGAGACAACAGUACUACCUGCAUGCCUUUGCUGUUCAGCAAGCAGACCUCAACUACAACAGUCCUUACGUGGUGGAGGAGAUGAAAAACGUGCUGAGAUUCUGGUUGGAUAGAGGUGUUGACGGAUUCCGCAUUGAUGCUGUACCCUAUCUGUUUGAAGACCCUGAACUGCGGGAUGAGCCUCUCUCAGGAAAACCCGACGCCCUGCCCAGUGAAUCUCAAUACCUUACGCAUAUCUACACACAGAACCUGCCUAAAACCUAUGACAUGAUACAGCAAUGGAGACAGCUGGUGGAUGAGAAGAAGGCUGAAGACGGACAGACCAGGGUUCUGAUGCUGGAGACAUAUGCUCCCAUUGACAAAGUGAUGGCUUACUAUGGCUCCGAGGAGAGGCCUGGUGGCCACUUCCCCUUCAAUUUCCUACUCAUCUCAGACCUGAACAAAGACUCCAAUGCUUACGCCUUCAACGAAACCGUCCAUAAAUGGAUAGACAACAUGCCUGAAGGGAGGUGGGCGAACUGGGUGAUCGGGAACCACGACCAACAUCGCGUAGCCAGUCGGUACGGUCCGGAGCUGGUGGACGGCCUCAACAUGUUGGCUCAGCUGUUACCUGGGUCAGGUAUUACGUACAACGGCGAAGAGAUCGGCAUGGUGGACGCGCAUAUCAGCUUCAGCGAUACUGUGGACCCAGCAGGACGCAAUGCCGGUCCGGAGAGAUACGAGUUAUUCUCUCGGGACCCGGAGAGGACACCCUUUCAAUGGGACGACACCUUCAAUUCAGGCUUCUCCACAAGUAACCGUACAUGGCUACCCGUAAAUAGCAACUACCAUCAGCUGAAUCUUGCGGCUCAGAAGGAGGCCCCUGUGAGCCACUACAAAGUAUACCAGCGCCUGAUAGAGCUUCGCAAGCAACCCACUGUGCAGAGAGGAAGUCUCCAAACUUAUCCCGCUUCAGAAAAAGUGUUUGCUUUCAGCAGGGUGCUCAGCGGGAAAAUCCCCAUCGUAGUCGUCAUAAACUUGGGGUCAGAAACGGAACAUGUGAACCUAGACGCCCUCGCUGAUAUUCCAGAAAAUCUCGUGGUAGACGUUGCUAGUAUAUAUUCCAGCCGAGUGGCAGGGGCUUCCGUCUCUAGGAGUGACAUCACGCUGGAUCCAAAGGAGGCACUGGUUCUAACAUCUGCUUCUCAAAUUUAAGAAAAUUUACAUCUAGUUCGACAAGGACUCUGAAUCGAGUCAUAAAUUGAUAUCUUCAUGUUUCGCAGACCUUGGAGAACUCUUUGAGUUAUGUAGAUUACAAUUAUAUCUGUAAAAGCAAAUAUAUACAUUUUCUGAUACAGCUAA